AUGCCAGGUGGGACCGAGGUCCGCAAGGAUGUUGAGGCUGCUUUUAGGACCAGAGCCCAUUCUGAGGGCUCAAAACGUCCUACGGAUAUAGUAGAAACUUUCAAGAUGCAGUUCUCCAAAUGGCUUGAGCUCGCGCUCAUCGCGGCUGUGACCCCUCAGGUGCUGGCCCAGGUCCCGGAUGCUCACGACCGCCACGGCGCCCUAGAAGCUCGCAGUGUCGGGGAUAUCAAACUCUCAGGCCGUGGCCUCAAGGUCGCACGUACCAUGGAACACUUGUUUGACGGCAGUGAGCCGCAAAGUGACGGCUCGGAAAGCGACGAGGACGAGAUAAACAGGAAAGCCUGGGCAGAGGCGGAAAAGCGCCGGAAGGAGCGAGAAGCACGUCGGGCGGCAAACCGGAGCCCGCCUCGCGCUCAGCAGCGCGGUAGGCAGCGCGGCAAGCAGCGUCGCGACGUGGAGGAGGACAACACCGCCGACCUCAUGGCUCGUAUUUGA